AGAAGUUGUUGACCCCUUAGUGGCCACUGUCUGUAAGUACACGUUGGAACUAGACCCGGAAGCAGCGUGUACACUGCUGAAACCAAGGAGACAGCAUGGCGGAAUACACAGAUCACGACGGUGGGGCAGGGGACGAUGUGCCCGAUCUCUCAGACAGUGAUAAUGAGGAACAGUGGCAGUGGAUGGAGUCCAAUGACAACAACGUUCAAGUUACUUGCUUAUUCUGUGACAAGAUGUCAAAUUCUGGGCCAGAAACACUACAACACUGCCUAGUAGAGCAUCAAGUCAACCUUGUAGAAGUGGUUAAGAAACACAAGUUAGAUGACUAUGGCUACAUCAAGAUGAUAAACUACAUACGGACAGAGAAGUGCAGUGGGCAGAGCUUGUCUACGUUGCCUGAGUGUUCUAUUCCCUGGGAGAGUGAUGAGUACAUGAGGCCAGCUUUACAGGAUGACCCCUUACUGCAGAUAGAUCUGGAAGAACUGUGUGAGGGGACGGGGAUGUUGGCUGGCCCCUCCACUGGGGGCCAGUGUGAAGCCAGCCGCUCCUCUGAUGCUCUUCUGCAGAGGGCCCAGGCUGCAGAGGAGAGGGCCCAGCGCACAGAGGAGGCCCUGGCCAGAGCCAUGGACGACCUACACAAACUUAAGUUGCUGGCCCAGGGUCUAGUAUUGAAUGCGGAUGUGGGUCGGGGCACCGGGUCCUUGGGCGCAGUGGCUGAGCUCCGGGAGGACGAGGACGAGGCCUACUUCAGCUCAUAUGGCCACUACAGCAUCCAUGAGGAGAUGCUUAAGGAUAAAGUCCGCACCGAAAGCUACAGGGACUUCAUGUACCUCAACCCGGACGUGUUCAAGGACAAGGUGGUGCUAGAUGUGGGCUGUGGGACGGGCAUCCUUUCUAUGUUCGCCGCCAGAGCGGGAGCCAAGAUGGUCAUUGGGGUGGACCAAUCAGAAAUCAUCUACCAGGCCAUGGACAUUGUCAGGUCGAACCAGCUGCAGGACAGGGUCACUCUGAUAAAGGGCAGGAUAGAGGAGGUCAAACUGCCCGUUGAGAAGGUGGACAUCAUCAUCUCAGAAUGGAUGGGUUACUUCCUGCUGUUUGAGUCAAUGCUGGAUUCGGUUCUCUAUGCCAGAGACCUCUACCUGGCCGGGGGGGGCUCAGUCUACCCUGAUCGUUGCACCAUCAGCCUGGCGGCAGUGGGCGACACGGCGAAGCACCAGGACCGUAUUGCAUUCUGGGAUGACGUGUACGGGUUCAAGAUGGCGUGCAUGAAGAGGGCCGUGGUGCCAGAGGCCGUGGUGCAGGUCCUCAAACCAGACACAAUCAUCUCUAAGCCUGCAGUCAUACAGGGGAUCGAUUGUAACGCAGUGUCUCUCUCUGAGCUGGAGUUUGCAUCAGACUUCUGCCUAAAGAUAACAGACAGCACAGAAUGCACGGCCAUCGUGGGCUACUUUGACAUUUUCUUCGACAGAGACUGCGGCAACAAGGUGAUGUUCUCCACGGGGCCACAGGUCACCAAGACGCAUUGGAAGCAGACAGUAUUCCUGCUAGAAAAUCCCAUCCCUGUACAAGCAGGGGAGGAGCUUCAGGGACGGAUCACCGUACGCAAAAACAAAAAGGACCCCCGCUCGCUGUUCAUCACCUUUGACCUCCACGACAUGAAGCAGACCUACAGCCUGCAGUGAGUUCACUGAUCACAUGACUACGAUGACAUCAUCAAUAGUGUGGCUGAACUGAAAUAUUCCCCAGACUUUUCCAGAACAAUUAGUAUUAUUAUGGUUGUUAUUAUGAAAUGUUUAACACUUAUGGAAUCAGAAACAACUUAUCUUCAUAUGGAGCAGUAAAUGUAGGGAUUAAUUUUUAAAAAUUAAAAGGUAGACUGACAGAGUAGUGAGACAAGGAGAGUAUGAAGUGUGCUUGAACAACAAGGUGUGGAGUUCACUGCAUUUUAAUGCCAUACCUGUUAAUAAACACAUUCCCUCAUACAGAAUCUGAGUUGAUUUCUUGGCAAGCGCCAUUUCUCAAAAAUGUUUCUACUUGGCUGUGGAAACAUUUUUCACUUUUGCACAGGGUCAACACUUUCCUGUGACGUUCCCAUUUUUUCCUGAUACACAAAGUUAGGCUGGAUAAAACAUACAUUUUUGGAUUUUUAAGGCAGUCAAUCAGUUAAUGGUCAAAUCUGGUAAAUAUGGGCAUAAUGGAAAUAGUAAUAGAUUUAGGUCAAAUAUCCUGAUAUGAUCAACUAAACUUAGUGGAUUAUCAAACAUAAGCACUUAGACUAUGGAAUGGAUACAUUAAUAGUUACUUUUCAUACAGUUGUAUGCAUUAAGACAUGCAAAUAUACAGAAAGGUUGAACAUUCGGAUGUUUUCAGAUACAAUUAUGGUCUGUAGCACCGUCAAUUACCCUUCUCAAAUGAUGUAGGCCAGGGCUCUCCAACUCUGUCCUUGGGGAACUUUCCUCCUGUAGGGUUUCACUCCAACCGCAGUUGUAACUAACCCGAUUCCUCUUGUAAACCAGCUAAAUAUUACAAUCCGGUGUGCUAGAUUAGGGUUGGAAUGAAAACCUACAUGAUGGUAGUUCUCCAGGAACAGGGUUGUAGAGCACGGAUGUAGACCCUUUUUCGAAAACUGCAGGAGACCCCACUCAACCAGAAGAACUUCACCUCGUAAGGAUGUGACUUUCUGGGCCAGAGAUAUUGAAACUAUUAUGUCGUUUUUAAGGGAUACAAUGUACAAGCAGCCAAAUGGGAUAGUCACAAAUGUUGACCAAACUACGCUGAACAUACUAUGACAAUAUAAACUGACUAUUUGCGUACAUACAGUACAUACUUAGAUUAUGGAAUUAACAUGUUUGUUACUUUUGUCAUAAUGAUUAUGCUUUAAGUCAUGCAUAUACAAAGAAAAAGUACAUUUUCCAUCAUUUUGGACAAACUUGGGCAUUAGCGAACAAAAAGAACUUUCUCAGACAGUGUAGAGCCCUUCAAACUACACGGAAAGACACUUCUGAACAAUAAGGAUCUGACAUUCUGUGGUGGAGAUAUUGGAACUAAGGGGGCAAGUGCAAGUGCAUUUGAAGUUGACAUUUUUGAGGUGAUGAUACCACCUGUAGAACUGUCGUUAAGACACUAACAGCUUACAGAUGGUAGGCAAUUAAGGUCACAGUUAUGACAACUUAGGACACUAAAGAGGCCUUUCUACUGACUGAAAAACACCAAAAGAAAGAUGCCCCUGUUCAUCUGAGUGAACGUGCCUUAGGCAUGCUGCAAGGAGGCAUGAGGACUGCAGAUGUAGCCAGGGCAAUAAAAUGCAAUGUCCAUACUGGGAGAUGCCUAAGACAGCGCUACAGGGAGACAAGGUGGACAGCUGAUCAUCCUCGCCGUGGGAGACCACGUGUAACAACACCAGCACAGGAUCGGUACAUCCAAACAUCACACCUGCGGGACAGGUACAGGAUGGCAACAACAACUGCCCGAGUUACACCAGGAACGCACAAUCCCUCCAUCAGUGCUCAGACUGUUCACAAUCGGCUGAGAGAGGCUGGACUGGGGGCUUGUAGGCCUGUUGUAAGGCAGGUCCUUACCAGACAUCACCGGCAACAAUGUUGCCUAUGGGCACAAACCCACAAGGUCCGUCAUGGUCUGGGGCAGUGUGUCACAGCAUCAUCGGACUGAGCUUGUUGCCAUUGCAGGCAAUCUCAACGCUGUACGUUACAGGGAAGACUUCCUCCCUCAUGUGGUACCCUUCCUGCAGGCUCAUCCUGACAUGACCCUCCAGCAUGACAAUGCCACCAGCCAUACUGCUCGAACUGUGCGUGAUUUCCUGCAAGACAGGAAUGUCAGUGUUCUGCCAUGGCCAGCGAAGAGCCCGGAUCUCAAUCCCAUUGAGCACGUCUGGGACCUGUUGGAUCGGAGGGUGAGUGCUAGGGUCAUUCCCCCCAGAAAUGUCCGGGAACUUGCAAGUGCCUUGGUGGAAGAGUGGGGUAACAUCUCACAGCAAGAACUGGCAAAACUGGUGUUGUCCAUGAGGAGGAGAUGCACUGCAGUACUUAAUGCAACUGGUGGCCUCACCAGAUACUGACUGUUACUUUUGAUUUUGACCCCCCCCCCCCCACCCUUUGUUCAGGGACACAUUAUUCAAUUUCUGUUAGUCACAUGUCUGUGGAACUUGUUCAGUUUGUCUCAGUUGUUGAAUAUUGUUAUAUUAAUACAAAUAUUUACACAUGUUAAGUUUGCUGAAAAUAAACGCAGUUGCCAGUGAGUGUCACGUUCCUGACCUGUUUUCUGUUGUUUUUUAUGUGUGUGAUGGUCAGGGCGUGAGUUUUGGGUGUUUUCCGUUUCUAUGUUGGUUUUGGGUUGCCUGGUAUGGCUCUUGAUUAGAGGCAGGUGUUUUGCGUUUUCCUCUAAUUGAGAGUCAUAUUAAGGUAGGGUGUUCUCACUGUUUGUUUGUGGGUGAUUGUCUUCCGUGUCAGUGUAUGUGCGCACCAUACGGGACUGUUUCAUUGUCGUUAGGUAUUUGUAGUCUGUUCCUGUUCGUGCAUUCUUCACGUUGUAUGUAAGUUCGUGUCCAGGUCUGUUUACUUCGUUUUGUUGUUUUGUAAAGUAUCAAGUGUUCUUCGUGUGUUUAGUUUCGUCUUGUUUAUUAAAAUUCAUUAUGUAUUCACAACCCGCUGCAUUUUGGUCUUUCGAUCCUUCUCUCCUCUCCUCGUUUGAGGAGGAGGAUUACGACACCCGUUACAGUGAGAGGACAUUGAUUUUUCAUUUCCAUUGUGCCCAUUUUCACCAGGUUUGACCUUUAACCCAUUGAAAUUUGCCUAAUAAAACUAAAUGUAGCGUGUUUUUUGCAUAAUUUUGUGUCACCCUAUCACUGUUUGAUCUAGCACAGAUGACAGCCUUUAACAAGAAAAAACAAGCACUUUUUCCAGAUUGGCAGGUCUACUACUAGCAGCAUAUAGGCUGCAUCCAAAAUGGCAUAAAGCUCUGGUCAAAAGUAGUACACUAUGUAGGGAAUACUGUGCCAUUUGGGACACAAUCAUAGUGAGUUUUAUUUCUGCUCUAAAAAAAAUCUGACAAAAACUCCCCCUCGGCAUACUCCAUUGAGCUCUGCUGACAACAGAAUGCUUUUCCACUCUCUUCCUUAGAUCAUAAGUUCUGAAAAAUAAAGGCUAGCUGGUUUGUAAUCAGGUGGCGACUGUCGCCGCUUUGGUUUUGCUUAAUAAAGCUAUUUUUCCACUUC